AGCAUUUCUUUCUGAUUUUCCCGGGAUAAGCGCAGUGUGAAAUCUCUCUGUUCUCUCACCGUCACUGCAGCAUGUCUGAAGGAGGUGGAGUGGAAAGCACAACCACGCUAUCAAUGACGAAGAUAUUGAAGAUCGGUGCAGUGGCCGAGAGCCGUCUGGAGGUUCUGCAAAUCUACAAGCUCCUGCAGUUAGUGCGGGAGAGAAAUAAAGCUCGGCUGGAGAAGAUGGUGCGUCUCGGCAUCUCAAACCUGAUCAAUCUGACCGAACCGAAUGAGGGAACCGGUGUGCUUCAUCUCACCUCCAUCUCCAACGACCUUGACACAGCUGAGUUUCUCCUAUCUCUGGGAGCUCAUCCUGACAUCCAGGAUAAGAGAGGACGCACUCCAGUCUUACUUGCUGCAGAACUUGGAUAUGACGCUAUGCUGGAUCUUCUGGCAAAGAACCACGCUGACAUGAGACUUGUGGAUAAUGAGGGGAAAGGAGUUCUGUUUUACUGCAUCUCACCGUCCCAUAGACACACACGCUGCCUGCAGGUGGCGCUCAACAGCAACGCAGACGUCAACAACACGUCCAACGUGGGCAAACCUGUGUUUCUGCUCGCCUGUGAACACGCCAAGGAGUGUGAGAACAUCUGCAUGAGGAUUUUAGAGAGUGGAGCAGAUCCUAACGCCACCGACCAGCUGACUGGGCGGACGGCUCUUAUGGAGGCAGCAAGAGCAGGCUCCGUGGCCUUAGUGAGAGGCAUCUUACAGAGAAGUGGAAACCCGAAUACAUCAGAUAAACUGCAGCAGAAUGCGACUCAGUUCGCUGCAGCAGGAGGAUUUUUCCAGAUAUUGCGGCUGUUGUCAGCGUACCAGGCUGAUUUGAAUGCGGUGUGUGUGGAGGGAAACUCGGCUCUGCAUGUGUGUGCAGCUGGAGGUCACACUGAGUGCUGCAGGUUUCUGGCACAGCGAGGAUGCAACCCAAAGCUGAAGAACACCAUUGGAUUGGUUCCUCGGCAAAUCGCAAAAGCACACGGCCACAAGGCAGCAGUGAAGGAGCUGCAGAAGGCAGAGCAAGCCUAUACAAAGUUCUCCAAACCUGGUGUGGUUAAUCCUAACCAGCUCUGGGCUCUCACGCUGCACGACUGGUCAUGUGAACAUGAAGAAGAGCUGAGGAACUCGUUCCAGCUUGCAGAGGAGACCGGCACACCUGUGGAGAAAGUCUCAAGUGAGAAGUUUGCAUACGUCCUGCUGAAACAUAACGCUCCCAUAGAUCAGGAACAUAUGCAGAAGAUCAUCACUGACCAUGACAAGAAGCAUGAAGGUGUGAUUAACAUCAACGACUUCUUCAAGGGACUGCAGUACCUUCAAAAAGCAUUUGUCCCAUCGUCCUACGAGCCCAAGACAAAGGGGAAGAAAAGCACAAAGGGAAAAAAAGGUGGGAAGAGGAAGGUGAAGAAAGGGAAGUCUGUGGUUCCUUUGCCCAUCUGCACACUUCCUCCUGACAUCAUGGAGAAAAGACCAGAUGGUGGUCCACGGUUUAUGAUCGAGAGUUAUCAGCCUUUUACAGAUACAAAGCGAUUUAACCGUGACCGUCCUCCUUCUCACCCCGUGGAGGACGACUCAGCCUGGUACGUGGACGAGCCGCAGAAGAUCUAUACCAACAUCAACAGAUGUGUUCGAACCGAAGACUUCGAGUCGCUGUGUUUAGCAUUCAGUCAGCGUCUCCAUGUGGACAUCAGAGACCGAUUCUACAAAACCCCACUAAUGGCUGCAUGCAGCAGUGGGAGCUACAAGAUGGCUGAGUUCCUCAUCACGCUCGGGGCAGACGUGAACGCAUGUGAUCAGUUUAAGUGGACGCCUCUUCAUCACGCGUGUCAUGCUGGACAGAAGGACAUCAUGGAGCUGUUGGUGAAUCGAGGCGCGCUGGUGGACGCUGUGGCGUUAAACGGAGCCACGCCUUUAAUGAAGGCCAUCGAGAGCUGCAGGAUCUCCUGUGUAGAACAUCUCAUCACCUCCAACGCUAAUGUACAGGCCACUAACAACAUGGGACAGAGCUGUUUGGAAAUCGCUCAAGUGUAUGGAGAUGAGAGAAUCAUCCAUUUGGUUAAGUCCAAGUUUAACAAUCUGCCAAAGCGCAAAGACAAUAAAAGAGGGAAAGGAAGAAACGUGGGAGCAGCACCUGAGAAAGCAGCUUUUCCUACUAAAGAGACAGAGAAAUCUACAGUGAGAGUGGCUGAAGUUCUACCUCACCUGAAGGAGAAAAGAGUGAAUCUAAAAGAACACAUCAUAACCGUGAACCAGAACGUUUCUAUCAGCUCCAACACACGUAACACACACUUCACCCCGAAAACUGUGUGGGGGAGGAGAUUAGCCUCAUCUGCUGAACAUGUGGAGCGUAGAGUGGACAGGAGGAAUCAUCUCUCAUAUGAAGUGGACUUCAGGGACUUUGUGAUGCCAUUUAAUAAAAACCUGAUGAGGAAGCUGAGGGAAGUGGGCGGGGCUGAGGAUGAGUAGAGCAAAUAAAUGAUUGAGAAGGUGGGCGGGGCUGAGGAUUAACAUGACCAAGAUACAUGGUGUGACACAGAGGGCAGGUGUGACCCAGGCAGUGGCUGUGAUGAAAAGAGUGACGCUGUAAACAAGAGGGUGAC